CGAGCAAGCUGUCAUAACAGCAGCAGCCGAAAUUCGAGCGAAGCCGUGCUACUAAUAGAAUUAUAAUGCCGAAAUAUGUGAUAUACGUGAUGGAAUUCAGAAUUCGAUUGUAAUAUUGACGAGGCAACCAAUUAUUGAGCUGCCCAGUCAUGGAUAAUUUUCAGCGUGCCAUGAAUCUUGGGAUAUUCGGAAAUUAGAGUGAUAAUGUUCCGUUUCGAGAGUGGGUGUAUUGGGAUGUGCCAAAAAUGUGUCGAAAUGGAUAUCACAGUCACAUUAUCUUACGUGAUAUAACAACGACUAUAGCCUGAUAAUUGGAGCAUCAAGGUGAUGUUUAAUUAAUAACAAUCUCACAAUGGCAUCAGCUGCAGAACAGCAAUUACAAACCACCCUGGAAUUCUACCAGGCGAUGGCUGACUUCAAAAACAUGUUUCCUCAGAUGGAUGAUGAUGUUAUCGAGGCUGUACUACGUUCUAAUCAAGGUGCAGUUGAUACUACCAUCGAUCAGCUACUGGCUAUGAGUACAGAUAAUGAGAACGAAAAGAUUAGAAGUGAGAUUGAGCAAAAUGAAGAAGAUCCCGUACAAGAGUUACCAACAAAACCUGAGCCCAGCACAUCACUGAGGAGUAUUUACAAAUGGCAACCACCUCUCCUUGGUCCUUUGCCAGAUACAUUUCUAAGGCUUCCACGACAAUGGGGCGAAGGCUGUGAGGCAUCUGAAUCAUGUAGUACACUAGAAAGUUCUAUGAUUGAAGAUCAACGUAUUGCAAUGUUCCUUCAAAAUGAAGAAUUCAUGGCUGAACUAAGGUGGAAUGAAGACUUUCUCACAACUUUGGCCAGUGAUACAAAAUUAAAAGAAUGUGAAAAAUCUACCGAUACAGUUAGCCAUGAUGACGAGGAUUUGUUUAAAGAAAGAUUGAAGAACAUGGGCAAAGUAUCACGGCGUAAAUUUGCCCAACUCACCAAAGUUUUUACGCGCAGUAAGAAACGGGGAGGCAAGCAAUUAUUACCUCCCACACCUUCGUGUGAUGAUCUUUUAGAACCUGAGGAGGCAUCUCGAUCCCAAAAUUAAGCUUUUUCUCGCUAUAUAGUCUCAUUUAUUGAAAGAUAAAACUUCAAUAAUAUUAAUCUAUUCAAAUUUGGUAUAAUUUCUCAUUCAAUUUGCAGAGCUGAAAAAAAUCUAGUACCUCGUUAAUUAGAGAAAACGAAUAUAUAUUUGCGAGACUAAAUACCGUAAUUAAUAAAUAAUAUAAAACUAUUACUAAACGUACAUAUUACACACUUACAAUGAAAAUGAUAAUUGCUUGAGAGGUGCA